AUGGCCCCCCGAAAGGCCAAGAUGGCACCAGUUACCCAGGUGCCAACCCCACAAACUAUCCAGCAUGAUAGCCACCAACAGGCUGAUUCAAUGGAUAUUGACGACCACACAACGCCUACUCCAGGUGAUUACCCCGUCGACGAGACGACUACUCAGGGAGGAUUCCCUGACGACACACCAUCGACACCGAUUCGAGGGGGGGACCAAUCAAGCCCCCAGCCUCAGGAACAAGACUUUCAUCGGGCAAAGGCUCUGGAAAGGCCUCAAGUGUCUGAAAGGCCUGAGCAGUCUACCCAAGCUGCUCAACGACCUGCUAAGAAGUCUAGCCACGACCUCAUUGCGGAAUUAUGGCGCAGACUUGAGCAGAAGGAUGAGGAGAUGUCAAAACUCCGCCAGGCACAGAUGAAUGCCAACACAUCCUCCACAGACUCCCGCCUAGCUGAUCAGCUGUCCAAACUGUUUGAGCAAAAGGAUAGCCAAUCAAUGCUGGAUAGGGAAGAACAACGCCUGAGACAGCUCGCACAGACAUAUUGG